UUUCCUCCUGGGGAGUCUCUCACACGUGGUCUUUCUGUCGAUUCCAAGGCAUCCACACCUUUGAGCUCAACUCUUGCCUGCUCUUGCCCUUCCAAUGCUUCCUGCUUCUGCACUUCCACAGCCUCUGCCUCUAGCCACUCAUUGCUUUCACAAGACACAUUGUUGCCACCCAGACAGUCCCCCACUCCAAAAAAUCCUGUUGAUUCAGCAUCUUCAUUAAUCAAUCCUGUCUGUCUUUCGCCGCAAGUUUCUUCUUUAGUCCCUGCCUCAUCUUUUUUGUCUACUUCAACGGUCGCGCCCUCUCUUUCACUAAGCCACUCUGCUUUCUCUGGGACCGGUCACAGACUCAACUUGCUUCAGGCACGCUUUUCUCAACUCACCACCACUUUCCUGUUGCGUCACCGCUCCAAAUGGAUGGGCCCAAAUUCCUCUGAAACAUUCCUGGAUCGAAAUACGUUUCUAGAUGGUCGGCCACAUAAACAAAUCCGGUGUGAAUUGGGCUCUAAUAUAGGCUUGUGUCGAAACGGAGAUAUGCCAUACCCUCUUGGAACUGGGGCGGGCAGUGAAAAAAAAGAAGCUCUAAGACUGUGCACUAGGCCCGCUGAAUCUGCAAUACUUGCAUGCGAGGCAAAACAACUGAGCCAUCACCGACAGAAACAGACACCUCAUAAACAUUUACCACAACGCCAGCUAACCGGAAUAGUGAAUUCAAAUAUUAGAAUCAACAGCAUGGAUGAUUCUGCAGUUGGGACUGUUUUCAUGGAAAUGCGGGACCCUGAACCAGAAGAGUUGAUGGUGCUGUUGAAAGAUCCUCUGCCGCCCCCAGGUAGGAUGGAUAGGAAUGGCUGCUAG